AUGGAACUAGAUUGGAAUGACAACAGGAUACUAUUGAAUUGGGAGGAAGAUUGGCAACCUCAACGCAAAAUGAAUGAAAUUUCAAACUACACAUUUCCAGCACUCAAUCAACUUCGUACUACUGACAAUACAAUUCAUAACCCUUUAUCAAGCUCGAUCAUCUCUAACCUCAAUGACUCUACUCCCACAACUUCAUUUGCAUCCUCAUCAAUCAAUUUGCCGGUUGGACUUGAAAGUUCUUUGCGAUCUUUUUCUGGAAACGUUCAACACACUUAUAAUUUACAGCCUUUCCUGAGCGCGAUGUCUGGUGCUUCAAAUGUCACCGCUGCUUUUAUUGAUAACAAGAUGCCCGAUUUGAAAGCAAUCAAUGAUAUCAUCACCGAACUGACGGGUAUGAGUAGACAAUGA